AUGACCCCUCAACUGCCGAAAUGCAACGUCUGCCUCGACCCCGACAAGGAGCUCUUGGAACGCAAGCGCCACGGGGAAGCUUACUACUGUUAUCUUGAGGAUAUUAUAGCGUCUUCAGAAAAGUGUCAAACGUGCAGUCUCCUGCUUAAGGCUGUGCGGCACUCUUUCCCCGAGGUUUUUGCCAAGCCAGCCUUCUUCCAGCUGUAUUUCUCUCAUUUUGGCGGACAAGGAUAUCAACGGUCCAACGAUGUCUUCGGGCUGAGUGUCUCGCCGAAAGAGUUCCCCGGCACAGAAGAUGAUCCUCUGGAGAUGAUACCCGGUGGCUGGAAACCGCGCGUUCUUCACAUCUUUGCCGUACAAGACAAACCCAAUCCCUGGCCGUUAUUUGGUGGAGGUUCCGUUAUUUCUUCCGACCGCCAAGCUUUGGCUGUGCAGGCUAAGGAAUGGAUUGAUGAUUGUCAGAAAAAUCAUCCUGAUUGUCGGAGAACUCGGACCAAGCUCCCAAAACGAGUCGUUCAGAUUGUUCCUGGGUCAGAGCCUGGCGUGUGUACAGUGCGUCUUCACGAGCCGUCUCAAGAUACCCAAGGUGUAUAUGCCUGUUUGAGCCAUUGCUGGGGCAAGCAUCAGAUAAUCACCACGACGAGAAGCAACUUCAGCCAACAUCAGGACGAAAUCCCGUGGAACGCUCUGUCAACCACUUUUCAAGAUGCCAUCGAGUUUUGUCUGCGGUUAGGACUGGAGUUUAUCUGGAUUGACUCGCUAUGCAUCGUACAGGACGACGCUGAUGACUGGGAACAAGAGGCCGUCAAAAUGGCGACGUACUACACCAACGCCCAUGUCACUCUGGCAGCAACAGCAGCUCCUGACGGAACCGUUGGAUUAUUCCCUGAACCCCAUGUCGAGGAUCAGCCUCUUGUGCUGGAUGGCACUAAUGAACGCGGAGAACAGUACUACCUCGUUGCUCGAACCUCAAUCAACCACGUCUUUGAAGACGAGCAGGAUGCACUCGCGGAGUUCCCACUGAUGACCCGAGGAUGGGUUUACCAAGAACACAUUUUAUCUCGCCGCUUCCUUCACUUUGGAAGGAGAGAACUCAUGUGGGAGUGUCACUCUGCUACACAUUGCCAAUGUGGCGUCAUACCCAAGCAGCCGCGGUCUGAUUAUACGACGAAUCAGGUACUCAGCGUCGCCAAGACUGGUCUGGAUAUAGCAGACAAGAAGUCCAGACGGAGAAUGUGGUAUGACAACGUUGAGGCUAUCAUGAAUCUCAACUUCACAUACUACAAGGACAGACUUCCUGCUGCUGCGGGAGUGGUAACGCGCCUAGCGAAGGGAGUCACAGGUAGAUACUUGGCAGGUCUAUGGGAAGAUUGUCUUAUUGAGGACCUUUGCUGGUCAAUUCUCGAAAAUGGAGAAAGACCCGACGAACUGAAGGGCAUCCCGUCCUGGUCUUGGGGGUCUGUUUCAGGAGGACUGGCGACACUCUGGUGCCAGACCGACCUUGACAAUGACAACAUGAAGGCGGUGGCUACAGUCCUUGAGAUUAGCUGCGAGCCCGACCCUCCGUCAUUACUGGGUCAUUUGGACCGAGCCAUACUGGCUAUUGAAAGCCGAUUUGUUACUAUUACUAUGUCUUCAGUCGAUAUGAAAGGCAGAAGAGUGCGGGAAUUACAGUUCAAGAACGCCAAGCUGUACGGAGAGUUGGGUGGGAGCUGGACCUUUCAUCCAGAUGUUCAGAACUGGGAAAUGGAUGACACAGAGGUGGAAUUGGUUAUUGUAGAGAUGAUGAGAGAAACGGUGGAUGAAAAGGUCAAGUCGGCUACUUUUCUUGUUCUGCAGCCUGAGCAAAAUCUGUUUCGACGCGUUGGGCUCUUGAGGGCUCAGGUGAGGAGGAGGAGAGGAGCGCCUGACGAAACCAUGACUUUUCUGGAUCAUUUUGGGAUGGAAGCCACAACAGCGACGGUAAAUAUCUGCUAG